ACGCGCCUCGUCCCGUCCGUGGGCGCAGCGUGAUUGUGCGUCGCCGCGGAGCCAUGCACGCGUCGUGGCCAUCGGGGCUAAAGUGUGGGGCCACCGUGUGCUCUCCCCUCCCCCCUUGCGUGCGCGUGCGUGUGCUAGCCUGGUAGCGUAACAUCUGUGCGUACGCGGUCGUGAUUGUUGUGAAGAUGGCGGAGGGGGAGACAGAGAAGGAAUAUGACACACGGAAAGCUACCGAGGACCUCCGGGAGCGGUUCCACGGUCUGACCGCAGCUUUGAAGGAAAGUCCACAGUCUCCGCUGGAAGCCUCCCUCCAUUUCUGCCAGGAGUUUUGCCAGGUUCUUGUGGAACAUGCAGGCCGUUGGAAAACUGACGAGGAUCCACUGCCUUUGCUGGAGGUCUACACUGUGGCCAUCCUCAGCUUUGCUAAGGCAGCCCCCUGUCUCUCCUCCGAAUGUGAAAACGUGCCACUCCUACUUGAAAAGUUAGCACUGAGCUGUGCGGAGCUGCUGCUCUUACUGCCCCAGCAUGUCCCUGGUGCCUUAUGGGAGGAGUUUCAGUCCUCCAUGAAGUUGGCACACAGCCUUUUGCAAGAAAGUGGGAACACACAGCUUUGCCCACUCUCAGCUCUGGUGCAACAGGACGGCGUCUGGUCCAACACCACACUAAGCAGCAUCUUGUCUAAUCAAACCCCUCAGAGUGAGCAAGUUCAUGAGUAUUUGGAGUUGGAAGGUCCCACACUCCUUAACAUGAGAAUAAAGCACCUAAUCAAAGUGGACAGUCUUGAAAAAGCUGCUGUACUUGCAAAGGUUUGCUCAGAGUACCCGGGAUAUGAAGGAAAAGGCAACUUCAAACAGACUUACUUGCUUUGCAUCUGCAUGACAAAAAGUCAGGAGCAGCUAAUGGAAGAGAUUGCAUCAAUAGACUGUAAAGAUGCUCUUGAAAUGAUCUGCAACUUGGAGUCAGAGGGCGAUGAGAAAGGAGCUCUGUGCUUAUGCUCUGCCUUUCUCAAGCGACAGCUUCUUCAAGGAGAUGUUUACUGUGCCUGGGAGCUCACACUGUUCUGGAGUAAGUUACUCAUGCGUUUAGAGUCAUCUGCUGAAGCUUUUCUGGGACACAGCAAAGAGAUGGCUCUUCUCUGCAGAAAUGUCUGUCACAUUCUGUUUCUCAUCAAAGUUAUCCAAAAUGAGGUUGAAGAGGUGGGACUUCCAGUGUGUGUGGAAAUGUGUAUUCAAGCUCUGAAAAUGACCUCCAGUGACCAUAAAGACAGCAAGUCUACUAUCUGCAAGACUAUUUUCUGCCUCUUGCCAACUGAUCUUGAGGUUAAGCGUGCAUGCCAGCUGACAGAGUUCCUCCUCCAACCUACCGUUGACUCGUAUUAUGCUGUGGAGUCACUGUACAAUGAACCUGACCAAAAGCCCGAAGAGGAUGGAAGUCUACCAGUUCCCAAUUCCUUACGCUGUGAGUUAUUGCUGGCCUUGAAGACACAGUGGCCUUUUGAUCCGGAGUUCUGGGACUGGAAAACACUGAAACGCAACUGCUUGGCACUGAUGGGUGAGGAGGCAGCUAUUGUGUCAUCCAUUGACACGCUCAAUGACACAGAUGAACAAGAUGUGGAAACUUCUCUUGGCAAGCUCCCUGAAUACAAAGACCUGGAGGAUUUUCUGUUGACCACUACAAACGAACUCAAUGAAAUCACGGACGAAAGAGAAAAAAACAGAGAGGCUAAGAAACUUAGGGAGCAGGGUUUUGUGUCUGCUCGGUUCAGAAACUGGCGAGCCUACAUGCAGUACUGUGUUUUGUGUGACAAGGAGUUCCUGGGUCACAGAAUCGUUCGGCACGCUCAGAAGCAUUUCAAAGAUGGCAUGUAUCUCUGUCCAAUUUGUGCUGAUAGUUUUGAAAGCAGGGAGGUUUUAGAGCCACAUGUAGCAUCCCACGUAAAGCAAUCAUGCAAAGAAAGACUAGCUGCAAUGAAAGCUGCGCGGAAGGUAACUAGACCACCUCAGUCCUCAAAAAGUCUGUCAACAAAUGUAAAGGUUGUUGCCAAGACAAGCGUGAGCCCCGUUAAAUCUGAAUCUCAGAUUGGCGAGCAAUUGGCUUCACCAGUUCAAACAGACCCAGCUACGUCUGACCCACAGAUUAGUCAGGACUGUUUCUGUCCUGUUAAAAACUGUUCCAAGGCUUUCAAGUUUUUCCGUAACCUUAUGGCUCAUGUCAGAUCCCACAAGGACGAUGAAGAGGCCAUGAGGUUUUUAGAGAUACAAAAGCAGAAAGUGGUGUGCCAGUAUUGCAGACGGCAGUUUGUUAAUGUCCGACAUCUUAAUGAUCAUUUGCAGAUGCAUUGUGGCAGCAAACCAUACAUCUGCAUACAAUUGGAUUGCAAGGCUAACUUCAACUCAAAUUCUGAGCUGCUUAUGCAUCGAAAAACACACACAGAGUUUAAGGCCCAGUGCAUGUUCCCUAACUGUGGCCAGGUUUUCAGCGAGGCCUACUUAUUGUAUGAUCACGAGGCUCAGCACUACCUUACGUACACCUGUCAAACUGAUAACUGUGGCAAAAUAUUCUACUCGCAGUCCCAGUUUUUGUCUCACCAAGAGAAUCACAAUGCAAAUGUUGUAGUAAACAAUUUAACCAUCGCAGACCAACCCCCCACUGUCACUCCUAAUAUUGGGCCACCACUCGAGAGCCCCUCGAGGAAAGACGAUAUUUGCUCAGCUGUUACUUGUGUUGAAAAAAUGAAUACAGAUAUUUAUAUGAAGGAAGCAUCGAAGGCAAGCGCAUCACCGUGUAGAUCGCCAGAGGCUGCUAAGGAGCUUGUUUCAGUGAGAGUAAAACACUCGAUUGAAAGCAUGCUGAAUCCAGCGGGAGACCCUGAAAUCAAAUACCCAGACAAAUGCUACACUCCUCUGACAAACCCCACUCCUGCGCCUGCCGAUCCGAAACCACCACCUGAGGCUCUACAGGUGCAAUGUAGUGUUGCUGGGCAAGGUGAAAUUCCCCCAGUAUAUCCGGUCCCCAGUGCGGCAAACCCAGUGACAAGUCAGCAGGCUGAGGGGCAAAUUGUACAAAAUAAUGAACCUCCAAAAGCAAUGCCGCAAAUAAUUUCUUCAGGUCAAAUUAAGACAGAAAUUCCUUGCUCGCUACAGGGAUAUCCUUCUAGCACUCCUGCUGUUACUGCUCCUAGUGAAGAGAACAUGCAUUGCUGCCCAUAUAAUGACUGUACAAGGGCAUACAGUACUAACAAAAGUCUGUCUAGGCACGUGAAAAAGCAGCAUCCUGAGAUAUUUGAAGACUGGAAGCUGGCAAAGAAAUAUAACAAAGUGGCAAAAAUUACAGCAAAAAAAGCCCCAAGUGGACCAGUUUCACAGACUCCGCCUCAGAACCCCGCGAACAGGCUGUCCAGUCAGCCAGGACCUCUAUGCAACAAACCUGGAAUACAACAAAUGGAUUACCCAGUGGGAUGCUCAACCUCACCUGCCCAGUGUUACCCUGGAUCGAUGGAGCCUGUGCCUAUCACUCCAAUGGUGAACCCCACUCUGUACCCAUCAUGGGGAAACCUGAACAGCUCUGGGGGCAUGAUGCAGUCAGAUGUCUCCCAGCCAUGGUCUUCACCGCCAAUGAAUAAUUGCUAUCCAGAUGCCUUCAACAUGAAUGAGUACCCCUCCCGCAGCUACCCUCAGUGGCAGGCAGACCCGUACCAAACCACCGCAUCCCUCCCGUCUGAUAGAGACCAUUCAGUGGCAGCGCUACAUGGUCCCUCUGUUUCACAUGCUCCUUCAGAUUCCAGUUUGAUGUCUCAGUAUGUGUCUAGUUCUCUGAUGCUUGACAAUGGAGGACAGAUGCAUAAUGGAGGGCAGCAAUAUGGACUUGUACACCCUGAGGGUGGCGGGGAAGGCAGAGAUGUGAGAAAAAGUAGCGCAAGCAUGACAGGACAGUUGGAUAAUGGAAACAGCAUCUCAACUGUCGACAGCCUCCCUGAGGGAAGUUACCACACUACAUAUGCUCAGAGCGAGAACUCUUGUCUCACUCAAGGCUCAUCAGUUGAUAUUCCUAUGAAAUGUCUGACCCCUGAGGCGCAUAUUGCAUUAAAGACUGAAAUCAUAAAAACUGAUAGUAUGUCAGGUUCUGGCUAUGAUCAGAGGGACAACUCUGUGGACGGCAUGCUCAGUCCACACAGUGGCAUUCCAACAGAUUUCUCGUAUGAGGAGGACUGUCCCAAUGCUGACUGCGAGCCCAACCCCUCAGAUGAAAAAAGCAACGAGCCUGAAAUGCAGAAAGGGAAGCGCAGCAGGUUGAGCAAGCGAACCAAAUGGCCAGCAAUCUUUAAGGACGGCAAAGUCAUUUGCAGGAGGUGCUUCCGAGAGUUCACCAGCACCAAAUCCCUAGGAGGUCACCUAUCCAAACGCUCCCAGUGCAGACCUCUGGAUGAAAUCGACCUGACGGCUGAUCUGCCAACAUCAUUUCUUGAUUUUCUUAAUGACCCGCACGUCCCUGACACUAAUGGAGCAAUUUUUAGCAUGUCAAAUGGGGAUUUCUCACAAGAAUCUAGUAGUUUGACCACUUUGACUUCACCUAUGAUGUUGAAGCAGGAACCCCAAAAUACAAAUAUAGCAGACUUUACAAACUCCUUCCCAGUUUCUACUGAAAACCAACAGGAGAAAGCUGUAGAUUUGGUUAAUUCAGCCCUGACUGUAUCAUAUCAAGAGGAUCACUUGAUGGAAAUUUCACAUGCCUUUCAAAGAUUGGAUUUAAUUGAGGCUGCACAGGGCAAGAUGCGAGGUGCACUGUCCUUAGAGCAAGGUGUCAGUCACUGUAGCCCAGCCCCUGACACCGAAAAAGCUAAAGUAGUCAGUAAAAGUGAUGACAAGCCCUCUGAAAAGGUACCUAAACCUUUUAAAUGUGAUCAGGAUGAUUGUGAGUACUCGUUCAUGACAAAGGAGGCGCUAUUUAAACACUUGAGCAAAAUGCAUGAUUACUCCAGUGAAAUGAUAGAAGAGCUAAAAAGAACACCCUCCAAGCUGUCACCAUAUCCUUGUCAAAUCUGCCCCAAAACAUUCACCAGAACAACUGGGUUGAGAAUUCAUUAUGAGAAAGUUCAUCGAUUAGGAAAGGCAGAAAUGCAGAAGCUAAAGAUCAGUGCUCGAAACAGGCGUGCGUUUAGGCUUAACAAAGAGGAAAAUUGUAUGAGUCGCACUUCCACUGAUGCCAGCACCAGUCGCACAACAGCAGCUAUGCCUAAUAUUAAACAAGAACCGCUUGACAUUGCAAUUGCACCGCAGACAGAAAAGAAUUCAGAAACUCCUCAGAUCACUUCACCGAGGGCUGUAGACAAAGAGGGCUGUGCACAUGACGCUUCAACUGUUACACAACUACCAUCACCUCAACACUACUUGAAUGACAGGUCACUUGGUGAGGUGGCACCAGCUCCCGAACGAAACACAGAGAAACCUCAAGAGGUUGGUUUAAACCAGGCUCCAGACGCGAAACAGAAUCCCAGCUUAAAGGAGAAACUCUGUCCAAGCAAAGCCAAGGAUCGAGGCAGGCCAGAUGCACCUUUGAAAAAAGAGCUCAAACACAGCCCUGUGACGCCAUGUGCGUCAUCUUCUCCAGAGAAACCCAGCAGCUCCAAAAACACACCCACAAAGGAUGAAUUCCAGAGGAAAGAGAAACUUCAGAAAAGGCUGAGCCUCAAAUUGUGCGACGCAGAUAACGCCUACAGUCCAUAUAGACCGUACCGCUGUGUUCAUGAAGGAUGCACCGCAGCAUUCACCAUCCAGCACAAUCUGAUCCUUCACUACAGGGCCAUGCACCAGGCAUCCCUGCCUGAUGACAAGACUGAGCCUGACCCUGAAAUGACUAGUGUUACUAAUGGACAGGAGGACUGUCAAGACAUGGUAAAAGAUAAUGAAGUUAGGUGUCAAGUGAAAAACUGUUCAAGGGUGUUCAUGGGAAUCACAAGGUUGGUGCAGCAUUAUCUUCUUCUCCACAAGUUCACCCGCGACAAAGCUACGGCCAUGAUGGCCAGCAUGACCAUAGGGACGUUCAACUGUGACAGGCCAGAGUGCGCUCUCCCCUUCAACUCUGUGGAAAAGUACAUUGAGCACAUUAAGAAUUACCAUAAAGAAAUUGCCAUUUCCGAGAGUGGCUCAGUCGACCCGACUUUCAAAUGCGAGUAUGAAGGAUGUGACCGCGUUUACACUACAAAAUCAAACCUUCUCCGUCACCUGAUCAAAAAGCACGAUUAUGUUUAUGAUCCCAAAACAAGUGACGGAAGAAGGUCUAAAUCUGUGGGCCUCUUCCCAGGGGUUACCAAUGGGAAAGAAAAUGUAGAAAACAAAUUCAAAGUGAAGAAGAAAAACACUAAAAAGAAAGAUUUGAAGUCUAUUGAACAUUGGACUAGUUUUGGAAAACCUACACUAAAAUCCCACGAAGAAGCAUCAGCCAUGUGCACAAAGAAGUCCGCCUUGCAGUAUCCAUGCAUGAUCGUUGGCUGUGAUGCAGUGGAACGGGCUGAAAGAAACAUUUUUAAGCAUUACACCACCCAUGGCCUCACAGAGCGAUACAUUGAAGACCAGCGGAGCCAGUUCAUUUUCUGCAAAAAGUACUCGCGUGCCAGGUUCAAAGACGCAGAGAAAUCGGAGGGUGCGUCAGGCUCAUCUUCCGAGGAGACCGAGCCAGAAGACGCUCAAACACCCAGUGACCAAAAGACUGAUGAGAUGAUGGAUAGAAUACGCCAAGACGACGGCAAGCUGUCCAACGACGAUAGUGCAGAUUCACAAGCUUCCAAUGGGGCCGAAGGAGGCGUUAAAAGGGGCCGUCCCAGAAAACCUGCACAACCUAAACCAGCUUGUCCAGAGAGGAUGCAGACACUUCGACACCGAUCGACUGUUAACAGUUCAAGAGAGAAUUCAAAUCCUGGUACCCCUUUAGCUCAAGAACAACGUGACGACGGGGUCAUGCCGGGCACUUUCAAGCCUUUAGGACUUGAGGAUUCCUUCCUUAAGUUUUUGGAAACCUCAGAGUCAACCCAGACUUCGAAACGCAAAUUAAGUGACAAAUCUAGUGCUGAACUACCGUCCAAAAGACAACUAACUCAUAAACAAAAAUCUGUGGUGAAAAAUAAAAUAACUGAUGAAUUUAGAGGCUGUGAAAAUCUCGUAGACUUCAGAAAUCCCCUAAAUCUCAAAUCUGUGAGCAAUGUCAAGAUUGUCAUGGAUAAAACAUUUUCAGACGGUGCUGAUCUCCUGCUGAAGCAGCUACAAGACAUGAGGCCCAUAGUCAUAAUAAAAAAGUGGCUUUAUAGUGGAUCAUAGCUUAAUAUUUUGUUUUUAACUCAAUCUCACUCAGGAUUUGAGAAGUUAUGCUGCAGAAUGGUUUGUGUGAUAAUGCAUCAGAUUUCCAGCUGUUAACAGUAAUGGUCACAGUAACAAUGAAAUGGCCUAUUUUGUACGUAAUAAAAAAAAUGUCUCGGAUGAUUUUAAGUAUGUAUGUUAGUUAUAAUAACCAGGUAAUCUAUAGGGCAUAGAUUUUAGAAACAUGUUUGUAUUUAUGCUUAGUACUGAAUUUCUUUUUUUUUUUUUUUGCUAAAUGGAGACUUUUAAAGAAAAACUAUGUUUUUAUAUAUCCCUAUGGGAUUUCAAGUUCCGUUUGUAUUUAUUUUAUCAUUUUUCAACACUAGUAGACCUAUCUGUAAUAUUUACAUGUCUUCCACAAAGUGUUCAAUAAAAUGUUACUGGUUUUUUUUGUAA